CUCCCGGGAGAUAAAGGGGAUCAGGCUGAGCUGGAAACAAGAGCUUCCCUGCAGCUCAUCUAUUCAGUUGCACAGGCUAUCCCUUUCCCUGACCCCACCAUCAGGAGGGUGGGGAGAACAGGAGGAGGAGAGAGAGGGGGGAGACAUGCAUCUUGCUGACUGCUGGUAGCAGCCCUUGUCCCUUCUUCAUCAGAGCAUUUUUUCCUGGUUUCUCCAGAGAAGAAGGUGCAUGUUUGGUUGUCACUGCACCAAGGAAAGGGGGACUAUGAAAAUGAUCCGUUUACGGACUCCUAGUAUGAAAUCUUUAAAUUUGGAGAUGAAAUGCACCAUCCGUCUGCUGGACGACUCGGAGAUCUCAUGCAAUAUUCAGAAAGAAACCAAAGGCCAGUUUCUCUUUGACCAUAUCUGCAACCACUACAGCCUGCUGGAGAAGGAUUAUUUUGGGAUUCGGUUUGUUGAUCCAGAGAAGCAGCGGCACUGGCUCGAUCCUAACAAGCCCAUUGUCAAGCAAAUGAAAUCUCAUCCACCAUACACCAUGUGCUUUAGAGUGAAAUUCUACCCACAUGAACCUUUGAAGAUUAAAGAAGAGCUCACCAGAUAUCUUUUAUAUUUACAAAUCAAGAGAGAUAUUUUUCAUGGUCGUCUGCUUUGCUGCUUUGCUGAUGCCGCAUACCUGGGUGCCUGUAUUAUCCAAGCUGAGAUUGGUGAUUAUGAUCCUGACGAACAUCCUGACAAUUACAUCUGCGACUUCAAGAUAUUCCCUAAACAAUCACAAAAGCUGGAGAAAAAGGUAGCAGAUAUUCACAAAACCGAACUCAGAGGUCAGAGCCCAGCUGCUGCAGAAUUUAAUUUGCUGUUGAAAGCACAUUCCUUGGAAACAUAUGGAGUUGACCCCCACCCUUGUAAGGAUUCAACAGGAACCACCUCAUUUCUUGGAUACACUGCUGCAGGGUUUGUCGUUUUCCAGGGUAAUAAACGAAUACACUUAAUAAAGUGGCCUGAUAUUUGUAAGCUAAAGUUUGAUGGAAAAACAUUUCAUGUUGUUUGGAUGCAGAAGGAGAAAAAAACAGUUUUGACAUAUCAUACCUCAACGCCAGCAGCCUGUAAGCAUCUGUGGAAAUGCGGGGUUGAAAAUCAGGCCUUCUACAAGUAUGCAAAAUCAAGUCAAGUAAAGACAAUGACAAGCAGCAAUAUAUUUUUUAAAGGAAGCCGAUUCCGAUACUGUGGGAAAGUUGCUAAAGAAGUUGUAGAGGCAAGUUGCAAAAUCCAGAGGGAACCGCCAGAAGUGCACAGAUCCCUCAUCCCACACAGCCGAAGCUCUUACUCCUUAAAUAAACAACUUAUAAUCAACAUGGAGCCUCUGCAGCCGCUAAUCCCAUCUCUGAAUGAAGAAGAAGAAGAGGAACAGAUUCCAGUGGAUGAAGGUAUCGUGCUUUUGCAGCAAAAUGAUGCCAGUACUCCCUCAGUACCUGGCAAUUCUCCUGCCAGAAAUCUAGAGACAACGUCAGAGCUCAGAAAUUAUGAGGAAGAGAUAAUCAAAGAGGAGCCUUUAACCAUAUCAGAGCUGGCGUAUAACCCAAGUGCUAGCUUGCUCCCCACCCCAGUAGAUGAGGGAAUUGAUAUGCUCUUUAACAGUCCCCUCAGGGCAGAAAAUGUGAGAGACGAUACUGAUUCAUUUGAGGAAUUAGAUGCAGAUGAAAAUGCCUUUCUGAUUGCAGAGGAAGAAGAGCUGAAGGAGGCCCGGAAAGCACUGAGCUGGAGCUAUAACUUCGUUAUGGGCAACAUGCAGUUGAACGCCUUUCUGAAAAGUUUCUCCAAGCUAAUACUGGUGGCUUUGGGGCUGCUGCUGAUAGUUCUUCCUCUCCUGCUUGUUCUGUUGGAAUCAGACAUUGACAUUUCUUUUCUCCAUGAAAUCCGUCAGACCCCAGAGUUUGAGCAAUUCCACAAUGAGUACUAUUGUCCUCUGAGGAAGUGGGUAGCCUGCAAAAUGAGUGCAGCAUUUAACAUGCUCAGCAGCUCUUAAACUAUUCAAAUAUCUAACAACUGAGGCUUAUAUUCAAAAUCUCAGCACACACUAAAGACCUCCAAUAUACUGGACGGCAGGGGCACAUUUUUUUAUUCCCCAAACUAUUUAAAAUAUUAUAUUUUCUGUAUAAAUUCAAAAUUAAACAGAAAAAUGUUACCAAAAAGAAAGAAGUGCAAUGUGUAAAUCACAACGUUAUCACUUUUUUUUAUUGUACAGUGAGCAGUUAUGUAUAUACAUAUAUAUAUUUAAUAAGGUAAUGAUAGAUGUUGAAACAGAAUAACAUAUGUAAACAAAGAAAUGUUUUGACCAGAAAUUAAGGAUCAUUUUGAAUAUAAACCUCAGUUUAAUAUUUUUAACACUUCCUCAGCCAGAGAGGCAUGUAUAACUUUUGGGGGGGGGGGGGAGUGCAUGCCUGCCUGGCUGUGAAAGAGUUAACCGAUGCCUAUACAAGCAACAUUUUUGCUGUUUUUAUUUUCAUACAUUUUUAUCUGUUGAAAUAUUUUGGUAAAUUUGUAGCAAAGAAAUGUCUUCUUAAAUUAUUUAAUUGUACAGACAAAUGGGGGGAAAAUGCACAAAGAGCAUAUUGAAACUUUUUUAAAUGUCUGGCAAUGUGUUUUUUUCUUUCUUUAUAUUUCCUAGACUUUGUAAAAUCAGAUUCAUUUUUUUUUCUGUAAAAAAAAAAAAAAGAAGAAAAAGAAAAUACAUAAUGUAUGCACAGCAAAUGAAUGCAGAGAUUUAUAUGAUUUGUGACGUGUUAUUUAUUUAUUCUUGUUAAUAUAUUAUAAACCUCGCUCAUAGGGCACCGAUCUCCU